UUCAGCAGGACAGUCUUGUGCAGCUGUCUCGUCUAGGCAGUUGAACUUUUUCCAAACUGGGACUGAAAGUUGGAUUUAAUGGCAAAGUUUUGGUCUGUUCUUUACUGUGCGUCAAGUGAUUUAAUCUAAAACAUCUCAACAAAAUGUCCAGCAGUCUUUUGGUGAAAACUCUGGAGGACAUGACCCUGGAUCCGGGCUAUGUUACCGGGGAUCCCUGCCCGUCCCUCAGCCUGUCGUCCUCCGGCAGGUCAAGGCAGUCUCAGCCUCACACAAGCACUCCUCACCGGGGUACCUGGUGGCAGCACGCCGGCUCUCUGUACAGCAGGAAUGGCAGCUGGGACACGGUGAGCACGCUGCCGGAGGACGCUGCGGACAUCCUGGUCAAGUGUCCCUGCCUGCCCGAUGUGGAGGAGUAUCCCUGGACCGAGCAGGAGCUGAGAGAAAUCGCGCGUCGAGUUGCCGAUUCGGAUGCCUCGUUCACCGGAGAAGCUGUCCACAGGCUGUCCAGUCUGCUCCGGAGGGCUUUGGUGCGGAUCUCCCGGGAGGCACAGCGACUCAGUGAGCUCCACAGGCGGUGCACGCGCCUGGAGGUCCAGAGCGCGGUGAGGCUGGUGCUAAGCUGGGGUCUGGCCGAGAAGUGCAUCUCCUCCGCAGUGAAAGCCGUGUCUCUCCACUGCAUGAGCUCCGGGGACACAGCACGUCAGCGGGGCAAGUCCGCGCGCUGCGGUCUGACGCUCUCCGUGGGCCGCUUUUUCAGGUGGAUGGUGGAAACACGCGUGUCGGUACGCGUGCAUGAGUACGCCGCUGUCUGCCUGACGGCAUGUGUGGAGAGUUUGACGGAGGAGGUAGUUGUACGAGCGCUGCAAGCUGCGAGGCUGACCGCGGAGAGGGAGGAGGAGAAGCGGGGCGGCGGGGUCACCUGCUGCCCGGUGACCGCGGAGCUGCUGGAGGGAGCUGUCAACAAUGACGCGGAGCUGUGGGGACUGCUGCAGGUCUAUGAGCAUCUGAUAUGUGGCAAAAAUGCCAAUGGUGAGCUGACACUGCCAGCCCAUGUCAGCCCGUACACAAAGGUUCCUGCAGAUUCAGUGGAGAGCAGAGAGGACGCCUACUUCCAGCUGGAACUGCGAACGCUGGAGCAGGCUCUACUUGCCACCUGUGUGGGCAGCAUCGCAGAGCUCAGUGAUCUUGUGUCUCGAGCGAUGCACCACAUGCAGCGUCUGCGCAGCUCGAGCCCUUCCGUCAGCCCCACUCGCUUAGCCAAUCAGCUCUCAGUAUCCUGGGCUGCAGAUGCCCUCCGUACACUCUACUACUUCCUGUCCAGCCCACAGAUGGAGUCACUGGAAAAUCCCAACCUAGAGCCGCCAACCAUGACACUGAGCAGAGAGAGGCCAUUCCUGCUCCUCCCUCCUCUCAUGGAGUGGAUCAGAGUCGCUGUGGUGCAUGCUGAACAUCGCCGCAGCCUAUUGGUGGACAGCGAUGAUGUCAGACAGACAGCCAGGCAGCUCCUCCCAGGACUGGACUGUGAGCCCAGACAGCUAAAGUCGGAGUGCUGUUUCCAGUCAUUUAAAUGUUUGGAUGCAGAAGCUGCUUCAGCCAAGUUCCAGCUGGAUUUGGGCUUCAGGAUGCUCUCAUGUGGCCGAGCAGAUUUGAUCCAUCAGGCCACACAGCUCCUGGGAGAUGAUGGUCUUAACACCAUGGACGACCAGGGAAUGACUCCUCUGAUGUACGCCUCAGCAGCAGGAGAUGAAGCUCUGGUGCAGAUGCUUAUAGAGGCUGGAGCCAACCUGGACCUGCAGGUCCCAGGCUGCUCUUCCAGACACCCAUCGGUUCCUCCUGGCAGUCGGCGCUGGGUGGCUUUGACGUUCGCUGUGCUGCACAGUCACCUGUCUGUGGCCCAGCUGCUGUUGGAGGCCGGAGCUGAUGUGGAGGGAGGAGCCCUGCUGGAUGGUCAGGAGAGCUCAGCUGAGACGCCGCUACAGCUAGCUGCUGCUGCAGGUUACUAUGAGAUGGUGAGCUUGCUCCUCACCCAUGGAGCAGACCCUCUGCUCAGAGUGCAUCAUGGGAAUUCCCUGACAUCACCAUUGUAUGAGGACAUGAACUGCUUCAGCUAUGCUGCAGCACACGGACACAGGAACAUCCUAAGGAGGCUGCUGCAACAGCCCCAGCACAGGAAGGAGGACAUCCUCUCUCUGGAGGAGAUCCUGGCUGAGGGAGUGCAGGAAGAGCAGGAGGAGCAACAGGAUGCAAAAGCUCCAGCUCCUGACUCUCUGAGCCCUAUCCCCAGGCUGUGCAAGGCCAGGAUGAAAGCCCUGCAGCAGGCAGCCUACUACAGUGCUGAGCACGGUUACCUGGAUGUGACCAUGGAGCUAAGAGAGAUGGGUGUUCCCUGGAGGCUCCACAUCUGGCUUGAGUCUCUCCACAGAGCCCAGCAGCUGUGCGGGGACAAAGUCAUCAUCUCCCUCCUCACAGAGUUCCCCUGCAUCAGGACGGAGGACUACAGCCCUGAGCUCCCCUCCACAGGCAUACCGCUCAUGUUCAGCAUGCUAGAAACCAACAAGGACUACGUGAUAACCAAGCAGCUGGCAUCUGUGUUCUCUCACUGCUACAGCUGCUCUCCCGUUCCUCCCAUCCUACCCAUGGAUGUCACUCUGUCCACACAGCUCGAUAUUCAUUUCCUGAACAAUCAGGAGAUGUCAGACGUGACGUUUAUGGUGGAGGGGCGUCCAUUCUUCGCUCACCGGGUGCUGCUGAUGUCGGCUUCUGAAAGGUUUCGACGGAUGCUCUGCGACUCCCCCGACAAUAUCAUCCAUGUCAGUCACAUGACCUACAGUACAUUCCAGAUGACUAUGAAGUCUCUGUACUGUGGAGGAACAGAGGGACUGACAGUCUCCCACUCUGAGGCCAUGAAGCUGCUGCCAGUGGCUACUUUCUUCCAACUCAGAGGUCUGCAGAGGUGCUGUGAGAUGAAGCUGUCACAAAGUCUGACUCUGGACAAUGCUGUCAGCAUCUACCAGACUGCCAAGCAACACGGAGCGGCUGAACUCUGCAGGUUUUGUGAAGGAUUCUUUCUAAAGUACAUGGACCGGCUCCUGGACCGGGAGGACUUCCACCGCCUGCUGCUGGGCGCCAUUGGUCAGGAGCAGAUCUGCCCAGAGGUGGGCACCCAGGACCAGGAUCUACCGAUUCUCCUGGAGGUUUUGGAGGCCACAUUAAUCCACAGACUUUACACCCUGCACUCUGCAUGUCGAGAGUAGAAACAAUGCAGUAGCCUCCAAUACCCUGGGUUGUGUUCAGCCACACUGGUAUGUGUGUUAAAGGAAAAGUAGCCAUAUACUGUGUUUUUAAUUUCUUUAGUCUUCUUAGGGAGAAUACCUUAGUGUAGAAGAAGAGUAGACUGUUUUAACAAGUUCUUCAUUCUAGUUAUUUAUCUUGACACAAGUGAACAUUUCUAUAACUUGGAAGAGACAAUCCAAAUUGAUUAUGUAGAAUGUUAAUGAUUAACUCAUGUAUCAGGUAAAAUGAACAGACUUGUGCUUGCAUUUUAAAAUUUGAGAAAUUUCUGUUUCCUGUUGCUGUAAAUCAAAUGUGUUUUUGGUUUCUUUGAGUGUUUGUUGGUCACAUUAAGCAACUUGAACACAUCACAUAAGCUCUAGAAAAAUGUGAUAGUAUAAAUUAUAAAAUUAUUAUUUAAUUUGUCGUUUAUCAGUUUUUUAUUAAUCAGGUUUUUGAGGUUUCACUUGUGACAGGACCAGUCUAGAGACAAGUAUAUAAAAAGGCAGGCAUUACCUCAAACCAGUUGUUUAGAGAAUAUUUACACAUAAUUCUUACUAAAGUUAAAAUGUAUGUUAAUUGCAUAUCAUACAUGUAUAACCUGUACAGAUCAGAGUCCCACUAACUUAAUAUCUGGAGAACCACACCCCCUAAUAUCACAACAGCAAAAACUAACAUAUGAAUAAAGGCAUUCAGUGGUUGUCCAGCAGAUGUUCCAGGUAUAGAUCAUCAUGUAGGGAGAUACAAUUUAUACAAUCUAUAAUUUAACUAUAACUACUAAAUCAGUCAAUAUAAUGUGGGAAAACCUUUUUUUUUUUUGGUGUUUUAUCAAACAAGAAGGGGCUGGAGCUGUGCGGAGGAAUUUGGACUCAUAGCAUCAUCAGUGGUCAAAAAUUGUGGCUACAGCCAAGGUGGCACCAUCUUUGACUGAACCUUUGCUGAACCCUGUCUAACCUAGCAGAGCAUGUAUACCAUUUAAAUUAACACAGGUUAGAUUUUUACUUGCUUUUACGAAAGUUUCACUUUAACAAACGAAAAACUUUUUGAGUACAAGGACUUACCAGUUACUUUACUUAAGAUAAGCCUAGUGAAUACAAUGUCUCUGGCUGGUAGGGUUGCAGGCAUGUAAACUAAAAUCCAUAAAGAACAAGACGGAGCUGUUAAACUAUGAUGUAACUGAAUCCAGAACCGUUUUCCAUACAGUGAUGGUCCAGUGCUCUAUGGGACUUUUUUCUAAUACAGCUCAAAUAGAAUGAUGUAAAAACUAGUUAACUCUUGGCCUUGGAACAUUGCGUGUAACAAUAAUGGACGUAGCUACCGUGAUGUCAAGCAUUGGUUUGUGGACUCCUGUUUUGAAGCCUAUAGUUUGGCAUUGUGGCCAUCGCCAUUUUGGUAUUUUGGAGCCAGAAGUGACCAUAUUUGGAUGAGAGGGUGGAGCUGUAGGAGCAAGGGGUGGAUCUGACUAAGAAGCCAAAGACACUAUUGACUACCCACCCUUAAUUAUGCAGAACUUUAGGCCUUAAUAAAUAUAAACAAGUGAGUUAUAUAUAUUUGUACUAGGCUGUGAACAUGUUUAUUUCUGCUUUUAAGCUGGGCAUUAUAACAUGGAAGUCUAUGGCAAUAUACCCUAUUUUGGAGCCAGCCUCAAGUGGCCAUUAGAGGAAAUGCAGUUUUUGGCACUUGCACAUUGGCUUCAUUUUUCAGCCCCCGAGGUUACUGUUUGCCUUGAUAGUAACAUUAGAGGUGAGUUCCGAAUCCUAUACUUUUUUCUUUUUACUUUUAUUAUGUACUGCAGCUGCCCUUAAAAAGCACACCAUACGCCCGCCGCGAGCCGUUCAGCACCGCAGACAGUCGGACUAAUGGGAUGUCAAACCAAUGACAUGGACCCGGUAUUUCUGCCAUACUGCACCUGACAUACUAGAUAUUGGGACACAUGAGAUCUUCUUCUGGAAUACUAUAUAGUAUGGUAGUAUGAGGAUUGGAAUGCACAGUAAAUUACUCCUGUAUGUAGUCAGCUAUUUAGCUGAUUUAUGUUAGAGUAGAUGAACAGUUCCUCAUAGUUUUGUCUAUUUUUGCUUUUGAAAAGAUUAAAAAAAAGGACACAACCUGCCAAACUUCUUAAACUUCAGCCCCACGCCUACUGCUUCACUAUGUGGAAAGAUACAAAACCUAGUAUGCCUAAUUAUGGUUGCUAAGCUACGAUGUGACUAUCAGUGUUUGGGUGAUGUGUUAAGCGAACAGUCAGAAACUGAAACAGCAUAGCUACCCUCAAAUAACUUUUUUUUUUUUUUUUUUUAACUCAAAUGUGCAGUUUUGCAGACAGCAUGUCAGUGUAGCUCCACAUAGACACUGCUGCUGCUGCAGCAACUGAAGCAAUGGUAUGACGGGAAAACAUUUGUAAUGUAAAUCCUCUGCAGCUGCAUGCAGAUGAUCAACUCUGAAUAUGUAAAAUAUGUACGUAUUUUUUUGUAAAUAAAUGUCUUAAACCCCCCCCAAAAAUGAGCACACAGCUCCAAAGUCAACAGAUUUAUUUCCUUUAGCACUGAAGUUGUUCACAGUAACAUCACAAGGGAAUACAUUGCCAGUGGUUAUCCUGCUCAGUAGUAGCGCUCCGUGCUCCGAGUCCAUUCUGUGUGCUCUGGAUUCCCCCAGUAGAAAAAGAGGAAAGCGAACAAUGAAAGGUAUUGCUUUAAUUUUUCUCUCCGAUAACCCAACACCCACCCAGCUGGUGAGCGACCCAAUCGCCAGAGAGGUCCCUCUUUGAGAGAAUGAGUAAGGAGGAUGCAUUGCACGGUUACUGUUUGUACACAGUAAUCAAAAAGGAGGAAGAGGGCAAGAGGACAGCGAAAGAAAUAAGAAAAUAAAUAAAAUAAAAAGGCAAAUUAAAACAAAUACACAUAAAAAAAACAUAAAUACAUAAAUAAGUGUGGAGAGAAAAAGGGAACAAGAACAAUUCCAACGACGACAUGCAAAGAAAAGACGAAUGCUGAACAUGCAAACAACCGUACAAGGUCAAAGCUAAGAGUAGGAAUCCCCUUGGUUUUUUAAAUAAGCUUGUCAGUAAACUCGGCUUAUUUACAGAAUGAGUGUUUGGUGAGAUCUGAGUCAUCAUACACACAGGGGAGGGGGGAAAAGAGCUGACAAUUAUGAACAAAGGGUUUGUUCCUCUCAGAGAGGCUAAGUCUACAUUCUUAAAUUACGGUAAAUCAUUUUCCAAACAUAUAUUACAGGUUUCUCUCGUCAAAAAGCCGGGAAAAGGAACGCUCACAAACGUUUUUCGAGAUUCUCAGUGAUCAAAUAACUUAAACAUAACAAAAAUAUCCUUAAAUAAUUUGACGUUAAGAAACAUUCUCUACAUCUUUCAUAUAAAUAACUGAGAAUAAAUUAAUAACCCAAGUGACAAAAUACAAUAAAGUACAAAAAUAUACACAGCAGUUCAAUAUUGUAAAAAUAAUAAUGAAAAUUAAAAAUGCGCUGACAUUUUGUAACUGAACCCAGAAUCUGACUCACUUGUCAAAAGUGCAAAAGGAAAAGGAGACAUUUUAUUGUUGAGGCCCGGUCACACCAGGAAGAGGCACAGCAAUAUGUGAAGUAUAUUGUUCUAGAAGCUGGUGAGAUAACUGCUUACAAGCUAGCAAGCUGGAACAUGUUGGUGUUAUUUAGUCACAAUUUCGCUGAGUGUCUAUAGUCUCUGUACUGGGCUGUUUACUCCACUGAUGUAAUUUUUUUUUUUUUUUUUU